UUCCUUUCAUCGCUUUCACUCAGAGCGCCUCUACUUUUUUACUUUUUUCCUUCCUUUACAUUGACACUCAUGUUGAGUUGUUCAACUCUGUGUUGCUGCCAUUACCCAACAUUGAGCAUUCCUGUCUAUUCAUGCAUUUUUCAUCGCGAGUUUGAGAAUUUACAUCUUUUCAUUUUUCCUUUCCUUCCGGUCUCAUUCUCACCAUCGAGUUAACGAAUGUGUUGUGGCUUUUUCCCAUUGGAUUCCAAGGAAAACAUUAAACCGAGGACGCAACCAUGGGAACCCAACACAACUUAGAUUCAUUCACUAAAAUUCAUUUGCCACCAACUUAUUCAAUACCAUCUUCCUCUCAGACAACGACAGAUGCGAGGAUAAUUCCAAUGAAAAUUACACCGUCCACACCAGCACACGCACCCAUCUACACUUCAUCCACGGGGGAAGGAUCAAGGUCAGAUAUCAUAAAGCAAGAGAUAAAUACUGUAAAGGAUCCACCUAAACCUCGGAAAAAAAGAGGCCAAUAUAGAAAGACAAUCCUCAGACAGCAGGCUCAGGCAGCAGCAGCAGCCGUCGCUGCGGGACUUCCGCCACCUCAAUUUCCACCACUAAAGACUAAAUCACGAGGACAAACCCAAAUCCAAACCCAAACCCAAACCCAAACAGGAUCAUCAGCAGCAGUAACCAAAGGAAAAGCCCAAGCUGACGAGCCUUCGAGCACUUCAGUGGCCGAAAACCUUGAUGCAGGAUCAGGCAAGCAAGUCAAUGACCGUGCUAGUCCAACGACCUUGGAAAUGGAGAGAGAACUGGCGAUGCUUGCAGAAGAAGCUGAAGAGGAUAAGAGACGUCGAGAGGAAGAGGCUGCUGAUAGGAUUUUAAAACGUGCACAGGUCGUUAAGCACCUGCGUUCCCUCAAAUCAAAACUGGCUACUGCACAGAUUCAGAUAGGGCAUGACCUGCAUUAUCAGAGCAUUGAUCUGUUUUCAGAGCUAUAUGAUGAAGUUCUCGAAGAUAUUGGGAGAGAUAAUAACUCAGAAAUGCUGAAUCUUCUUAAGAGCUCACUACGGGAUCGAAAGGAUAGUGUUUCUGAUGAAGAGACUGAAUCAUUGACUCAAAAUCUAGGCCAUAUGCCCACACGAUCUUCCGAUAAGCCAAGGAAGGGGGAUCUUAUUCCUAACACAUCCAGGACAACAGAAAGCAUAGCAAAAGAUCAUGUUGGAGACCAUACGCGGCAUCAGCUGCAUAGCUUGGAACAUGAAAUUGAUUCUGACGAUACUGCUGGUAUCAAAAGGAUACGUCGAGGCAGGGGCAGUAGUCAAUUUAUUGGUCAGUCGUGGGAUGUUAGCUCCGGUAGAGAGAACGCUAUGGCUUCACCCACUAUCUCAGGACAAAACCAUCGUCGCUCAAAUCCGAGCAAGCCUAUCACUCAUUUGGAAGAUAACGACAGUUUUGAUCUUUUAAACUUAAGGAAAUACGACGGCGCAGCACCCAACAUUGUAGAGAAUAUUAAACAAUUACGUGAGAAACUCCAACUCAAGCAACGCCGAGAAUUAGAGGAUCUCCAGUCGCAACAACGCAGGGAUCAAGAAGAAUUACAGCGCAAACAGCUAGAUCAGCUUCGCGAGUUGCAGGAACGGCAGAAUAUGGAACUCCAGGAAUAUGACGAAACCAAAGCGAGACAAUACCGUGAAUAUCUUGAAGUGGUAGCGGAAAAACGGCUCAAACCCAGCCUAACAAAUCAUGUUCGCAAAGGCGAGAGCACUAUUGGCCGAUCUAGACGUAGAGAUCCAUAUAUUUCUACUUCAUCGGCAUAUGAGUUCGAUAAUGGUAUUCAACAGCACAAUGGCGACUACUCCUCGGAUCAUUCGCGAUCACCGUCUCCAGCACCAUCUCAGCAACAGCCAACUCGUUCUCUCGAUUCACACGUAUCUCUAACAGCUCAUGGAUCCAGGUCGGAUCAUAUCUUGCCAACCAGAAACACAAGCUCUGCUGACCCGACAAAAUCAACACCUAAGGCGUCACGAAUCAAUAGCAGCAUCAACCCUCUUCCAAUGUCAACCAUGACAAUAGCACUAACUGCUAUCAACGAGAAGAAGAAACAGAUGAAACGAGCAAUGCGAAAGCAACAAGGACAGGAGGAUAUGUUUGAUGAAAGUAUAGAGCUAUCCGACUUUGAAGAACAGAGUACGACCAGCAACGGCCGUAGAUUCCUCAGUCCACCGGCUCCAAGCCAAAAGCGAAGUGCCCCUGACGAGGUUGAAGAUGCCAAACGGAACCCAUCCAUUGCUCAUUCACCACUUCCUCAUACUCCAAACUCUUCCUCGUCACAGAAGCGUCAACACCUCGCUUCAGAAUACACGGCGGGUCGCGCAGGCUCGCACCCAUUGUACUCAUUGAAGUCCCAUGACCUAUCUAGUUCACAGACACAUCUCAUAUCGCCGGAGGAGUUAUCGUCGCCAAGCUCAAAUUUCAAAUCUAGGAAACGCAAAAGCCCGAUAUCACCGUCCACAAGAACCCCUUCAAUGAGCUCGACAGGAGUAGGGAACAAGUCUUCUACAGGGCUUAAUAAGGCACUUUUAAGUCAAUUUGACAAAUGGAGCACAGAUGAAAAGACAGGAAGUUUUUUAGACUUUGUUUUAAGCGACCCCCCCAACAUUGAUCUAGAUGAUGCAGAGGUUGAGGACCUGAUAAACGACCGAAAACUCCCAAGCGGAGACGAUGACGAGCAGCAUGACUUGAAUGCCACUCCGACUUCGAGCGUCUUUCGAUGGUACCAAGAACAGCAAAAAUUAGCUCAGGAGCUUGCGCACCAGUCCAAGAUGCCGUCACUGCCUCCAGCGGAUAGGGACGAGAAUGAAAAUGGCCAUGUUCAUGUUGAGAAUGGAGGCUCUGGACAAAAUAAUGAACAAGGGAAUGAUAAAUCACGUUCAACAUUGCAGCUAAUUUCCGGAGAAGACUCAUCGGUAGCAUCUGUGCAAUCGCGUAGAAGGUCUCACAGCGGACGAAAAUCAUCUGGCGCCCCUGCCUCCUCCAGUCAGGAGAAGCGCUAUCAGAAUGGUGAUCAGAGCAGCCAGGAUAGCAACGACAAUUGUAUUCACCAGCAAGGCAAUGAACAAGAUGAAUUUCCCCUAGACUCCUCGCCGUUCUUAGAGAGCUCUCCUGCGACACAUCUGCUGUAUUCGGGGGAUGGAGUAGAGGACUGGAUGUUUCAGCCAUUCUCGAUGGAUUCUGCAGGAAGCUUUCUUCACAAUGACUCGUCUAUGCAAUCGACAGAGGAAUAUGGGCAUCUCAUCUGAGGUCUAUUCUACUGUAUUUUACAUGAAGGAUUUACAUUAGUUGAGAAUGAACUUAAUACAGCUUGAAGUACCCAUUUUCAUCUUUCCCAUUCGUCAUUAGAAAUGUACAGGACAACUUUUUUUAUUUUUAUUUUUUUUUGAAAUCCUACUACUUCAUUCAAAAAAAAUAAAUUAAAAUAAAG